GGCCUCUGUCGCUCACUUCGUCUUGAAUCCUCGACGACUAGAGGUCAGAGGCGAAGACUUGAGGUCACGAUCUUGGAGUAGGCGAGGGUGAGACGUUGGGUUUUGUUUGUGUUAACUCGUUUCUGCGCCGACGAAACCAAGAUUGAGAUUCUGAGAAGAGAUGGGAUUCAUAUCGGGAUUGGUGAUGGGGACGUUGGUGGGGAUCGCAUUGGUCGCUGGUUGGAGCCGCAUGAUGAUGCGCCGCAGCACCAAGAGGAUAAGUAAGGCGGUUGAUAUUAAAAUUUUGGGGUCUCUUAAUAGAGAUGACUUAAGAAAACUCUGCGGUGACAAGUUUCCUGAAUGGAUAUCUUUCCCUGCAUUUGAGCAGGUUAAGUGGCUUAAUAAACAGUUGAGCAAACUAUGGCCGUUUAUUGCUGAAGCGGCCACUGCUGUUGUUAAAGAUUCUGUGGAACCACUACUAGAUGACUAUCGCCCCCCAGGAAUAACGUCAUUGAGGUUCAGCAAAUUUUCUCUUGGGAGCGUGCCACCCAAGAUUGAAGGCAUCAAAGUACAGAGCCUAAAAAAAGGUCAAAUUAUUAUGGAUAUUGACUUAAGAUGGGGUGGAGACCCGAGUAUAAUUUUGGCAGUUGAAGCUCUAGUUGCUUCUUUACCUAUUCAGUUGAAGGAUCUUCAGGUUUUCACAAUUGUGCGCGUCAUAUUCCAACUUUCUGAUGAAAUUCCUUGUAUUUCCGCUGUUGUUGUUGCUCUCCUUUCGGAGCCAAAGCCUAGAAUAGAUUAUACCUUGAAGGCUGUGGGAGGAAGUCUUACUGCUAUUCCUGGGCUCUCAGACAUGAUAGAUGAUACUGUGCAUUCGAUUGUUUCGGACCAGCUUGAGUGGCCCCAUAGAAUUGUUGUUCCUCUCGGUGGAGUUGAUGUUGAUAUAAGUGAUCUUGAACUCAAGCCCCAAGGAAGAAUUGCCAUCACGGUCAUGAAAGCAACCGCUUUGAAAAAUAUGGAAAUGAUUGGAAAAUCUGAUCCUUAUGUGGUUUUGUAUAUACGCCCCGUGUUCAAGUUCAAAACAAAAGUUAUCAAUAACAAUCUCAACCCUGUAUGGAAUGAAAUGUUUGAGCUUCUUGCUGAGGACAAGGAAACACAGAGUAUCAUCUUUGAAGUUUUUGAUGAAGAUGACCUUUCACAAGAUAAGAAAUUGGGUAUAGUCAAGUUGCCGUUGGUUGACUUGGAAGCUGAAAUUGCCAAAGAAUUUGAGCUUAGAUUGCUACCUUCACUUGAUAUGAUGAAGAUAAAGGAUAAGAAAGACAGAGGGACUAUUACUGUCAAGGUGCUCUAUCAUGCACUCUCAAAGGAGGAACAAUUGGAGGCUCUAGAAGAGGAGAAGAAAAUAUUGGAGGAGAAGAAGAAACUGAAAGCUGCUGGUCUUAUAGGGAGCACGGUGGAUGUACUAGGUGGCACGGUGGUCGGAGCAGCAUCCCUGGUGGGCACAGGCGUCACCGCUGGUGCCGGUUUAGUGGGUUCGGGCCUGGGUGCGGGUGUGGGUCUUGUAGGCUCCGGAAUCCAUGCCCUGAGCAAAGCUGGAAAAUUCAUGGGCAAGACCGUCUCUCAGCAGUUCAGUGCCUCCAAGAAAAAUGGUAAUGGUUCUCCUGCAGUACCAGCAGAUGGAGCUGGAAGCUAAGUUCAGUAACUUUUUCUUCUACAUGCUUGCUUUUCUUUUUAUUGUAUAAGACGCCCAACUGUCAAAGCUUAUAGUUGUGCGCAGCAUCUACACAUCGGUAUAUGGCAUAUUUCUUCUGUUUAAUAUCUUGUGCAUUAAAAUGUGUUUGGAUUGUUAUGCAAAUUGCCUUAUUCCUAGGCCAUUUUAUUGUCAUUUAUCUAACCAAUAUUGAUUUGAUGUUUUAGACUUGUUUUAUUUAGCAAUAUUCGCUUCA